CUCCGCAGCGCCAGCUCGGCAGGCAGGCGCAGGGCGUGCGUCUGGAGUGAGACCCGCCAGGCUCCAACUCCGCAGCGCGCGAGCGCAGCGGGCAGCAACUUUCUCCCGGUCUCGGCGGUGACGGCGGGCGCUGCGGUGGCAGCCGGAGCGGGAGCCCCAAGCGGGAAGGCGGCGGCGGUUGCUCCCGCCGGGUCGGGCUGUCCAGCCCUCCGAGACCGCCGACCCGGAGCCUCCUCAUCCCCCGGGCAGCCCCGGGCCCCUGCCCUAUGUCCCGCAAGGCGAGCGAGAAUGUGGAGUACACGCUGCGGAGCCUGAGCAGCCUGAUGGGCGAGCGGCGCAGGAAGCAGCCGGAGCCGGACGCGGCGAGCGGCGCCGGGGAGCGCAGCCUGCUGGCGGCCGCGGAGUCGAGCGCCAGCCUGCAGAGCGCGGGCGCGGGCGGCGGCGUCGGGGACCUGGAGCGCGCGGCGCGGCGGCAGUUCCAGCAGGACGAGACCCCCGCCUUCGUGUACGUGGUGGCCGUCUUCUCGGCGCUGGGCGGCUUCCUGUUCGGCUAUGACACCGGGGUGGUGUCCGGGGCCAUGCUGCUGCUCAAGCGGCAGCUCAGCCUGGACGCGCUGUGGCAGGAGCUGCUCGUGUCCAGCACGGUGGGGGCGGCCGCCGUCUCGGCGCUGGCCGGCGGGGCCCUCAACGGCGUCUUCGGCCGCCGCGCCGCCAUCCUCCUGGCCAGUGCCCUCUUCACCGCCGGCUCCGCAGUGCUGGCCGCCGCGAACAACAAGGAGACGCUGCUCGCCGGCCGCCUGGUCGUGGGACUGGGCAUCGGCAUUGCAUCUAUGACAGUGCCAGUGUACAUUGCGGAGGUCUCGCCACCCAAUCUAAGAGGCCGACUAGUCACCAUUAACACCCUCUUCAUCACAGGAGGACAGUUCUUUGCAAGCGUUGUCGAUGGAGCCUUCAGUUAUCUUCAAAAGGAUGGGUGGAGGUACAUGUUGGGACUUGCAGCAAUUCCAGCAGUUAUACAGUUCUUUGGUUUUCUCUUUUUGCCGGAAAGUCCUCGAUGGCUUAUUCAGAAAGGACAGACUCAGAAGGCUCGUAGAAUUUUAUCUCAGAUGCGUGGUAACCAGACCAUUGAUGAGGAAUAUGAUAGUAUCAGAAACAGCAUUGAAGAAGAGGAAAAGGAGGUUGGUUCAGCUGGACCUGUGAUCUGCAGAAUGCUGAGUUAUCCCCCAACUCGCCGAGCUUUAAUUGUGGGUUGUGGCCUACAAAUGUUCCAACAGCUCUCAGGCAUUAACACCAUCAUGUACUACAGUGCAACCAUUCUACAGAUGUCUGGUGUGGAAGAUGAUAGACUUGCAAUAUGGCUGGCUUCAGUUACAGCUUUCACAAACUUCAUUUUCACAUUGAUAGGAGUCUGGCUCGUUGAGAAGGUGGGCCGACGAAAGCUUACCUUUGGUAGUUUAGCAGGUACUACUGUGGCACUCAUUAUUCUUGCUCUGGGAUUUCUGCUGUCAGCCCAGGUUUCUCCCCAUAUCACUUUCAAACCAGUAGCUCCAUCAAGUCAGAAUGCUACUUGUACAAGAUACAGUUACUGUAACGAAUGUAUGUUGGAUCCAGACUGCGGUUUCUGUUACAAGAUGAACAAAUCAGCUGUCAUUGACUCUUCUUGUGUGCCCGUUAAUAAAGAAUCCACAAAUGAGGCAGCCUGGGGCAGGUGUGAAAAUGAAACCAAGUUCAAAACAGAAGAAGUAUUUUGGGCUUACAAUUUCUGCCCUACUCCAUACUCUUGGACUGCACUUCUGGGCCUUAUUUUAUAUCUUGUUUUCUUUGCACCUGGAAUGGGACCAAUGCCUUGGACUGUGAAUUCUGAAAUAUAUCCCCUUUGGGCAAGAAGUACAGGAAAUGCAUGUUCAUCUGGAAUAAACUGGAUUUUCAAUGUUCUGGUUUCACUGACAUUUUUACACACAGCAGAAUAUCUUACAUACUAUGGAGCUUUCUUCCUCUAUGCUGGAUUUGCAGCUGUGGGACUUCUUUUCAUCUAUGGCUGUCUUCCUGAAACCAAAGGGAAAAAAUUAGAGGAAAUUGAAUCACUUUUUGACAACAGGCUAUGUACAUGUGGCGCUUCAGAUUCUGAUGAAGGAAGAUAUAUUGAAUACAUUCGAGUAAAGGGAAGUAACUAUCAUCUUUCUGACAAUGAUGCUUCGGAUGUGGAAUAGUUACCAGUUGCUGAUACCUUUAGUUAUUUAAACAAGUGUUGGGGAGAACAGCAAUUGGUGACCUCACUGCCCUGCUUUUAAUCUGAUUCUUUCCACAGUCUCAUCCUGAAUGACUUCCUAUUCUAGAAUACUUGAUUAGGAGGUAAAUGCAACCCUUAUGACUUUUUUUUUUAAUAAGCAAAAAUUUUAGAAAAAAAUUUACAGAGAUUUUAAUCUAAUAAUUCUUCAGCUUAUAUUAAUUCUUUAAUCUAAUAAUUCCUUCCUGAGAUAGUGUAAAAUAAUAUUGUACCCAGUGACUUCAGUGGCCCCUUUUCCCCUAAGACCAUAUAUAAUUAUUAGUGACAAUAGAGUCAAUGAUAAUAUAGCCAAAUUACAUAAAUACACUUUUAAAGAAUUCUUUGAAAUGGUCCAAUAGUGUUUUAUGUCAAAACAUAGCCUAUUGACCCUAAAUUUUCUUAAUGAGUAGUGGCUUAUCUGUGAUCCGCUAUUAGAAAGUAAAUUUUUUUUAAAGUUUCAUCAACAGAUUCAAAAGUGUGUCUUAGGAGGGCACAGCUGUCCUUAUCUCUUUUGGAUACCACAUUUUGAUUUCUCUCUCCAGAUAAUGCAAAUUCUUCAGAGACUGACUCUACACAGGAUCUUUUGAACAUAUCAAAAGCAGGUCUUUUUAGGGGUUAUUUUCAUACUUUUUUUUUUUGCUUUAGUGAUAUUUGCACAGAUAAGCUAGCAAGUUUUGAUAAGUAUAUUUUAUUGUCAAAGAAAGAAAGAAAAGAUUUUUAUAGAUCCCUAAUUCAUAAGUCACUUAAGAAUGCAACUAUAAAUGCAAAUAGUGCCAGAUCUUUAACUGUAUUUCAGGGUCAGUUUUUGUUCAUGCCAAACUCACAUCUUCACUCAUUGGUUCUGAAUCCACUCUUUUGUGCCUUCAUUGGUGUUAUAUAAAUAGCUGCUAGCAGACUAUUUUUCCCUUUCUUUUAAUCCAGUAAUUUCUGAAAUGAGAGGAAGGAAAUCAGUGGCAGAAAUAGUCCUGCUGUUAUUGAUGUUUCUUUAAUUAAAAUCAUGGGACUUAUUUUUUUAACUUUUUAUUAACUCUUCCUAAGUUAAUUAUCACAUUUAAUUGUAAUUGUCUUUUUCUUAACUCCAUAAACUAGUUUUUAUUUUGCCAUCUUUUCACAUUUUUUCGGACAAUUUUCCAAAAAUACCAAGAUAUAUAGAUUUGGCUCUAUGUGAGUGUAUGUGUGGAGAUGUGUGUGUGUUUGUUAAUGCUUGGUUUGAUUUUCCUUCUUGUCUAAAAAUUGAGAUUUUUUUUUAUUGGAACAAAUUAAUGGUUCUAAUAUAUCACAUGUUGAAAUGUUGACUACUGCAUUUCUAUAAUGUCUUUUCAAAGUGUUCAUUAGUUUCUGUGUUCAUUCAUCACUGAACUCUAAAUUCUUACCCUUCCAUCAAUAAAUAUUUAAUACAUACAAAAUUACUUGCUUACAAAAUCACUUGCUGAUUUCACUUAAAAACAUGAAUGAAUCUUCUGUGGCCAGUUAGGAAUGCCAUCAGUUUGAUGCAUUGUAAUAGUACAUUUAAUAAGGUACUAUAUCUUAAGUGAAAAGCUGGCUUUUGAUAAAUUCAGUCUUCAGUUGCCAUGACAAUUGUCAAACUGAGAAUUUAGACAAGGAAGUUCACUCUAAGUCACCAGAAGUACUUAAGCAGUUACUUUGAUGCCCUAAAAAUCCUUCAACAAGAAAAUUUUCUCCAUUUGGUCCUUUCAUAUUAUUAAAAAAACAUGAUUUUUAGAGAACAGUGUUUCCUUGAAUUAGGAGCUUUAGCGAUUGAUUUCUAAGGGAAUAUCAAUAUUGAUUUUUCCCCAGAAAAGCAGAUAAUUUAAUAGGGAAAUGUAUUAUUUUAUUAACAUGGGAUAAUAAGAAAUGUCUUAUCUGUGUAAAAUAUUAUACAGGUAAAGUGAAAAUAAGCUACUAUGUGAUACAAUCAAUAUUAUGGGGAGAAAAACAGUAAAGUUUUCUCUUUAAAAUUUUAUUUUUCAGAUUUGUUCAAUAUUGCCUCAGUUCUUCUCUUAUUGCAUAUAUAGCCUUAAUUAUAAACUUAUACUCAGCUGGGCUGAUGCACAGUAACUUUAUUAAAGAAGCAACUAGACUCUUGCUUUUUCUUACCAUGGCCUGUUCUCCCUGAAAUGAAAAUGAUGUUUUCAACUUUAUAUCCAUAAAUGACAUAAUACCAGGGAAAAUCAGCCACAGUUCUCCUGUCCAGUUUCCUUCAGCUCCUCCUUUAAAGGACUAUUUGUUAUUUAUGUAAUGAUAAUAAUAUUCCAUAUCUUUGAAGACAGAGAGAUAUAGUAUAAGAAUUAUUUAUAACUUUUUAAAAAAAUAAUAACUCCUUGAAAAGGAAUCUUACACAGUUAGGGUAUUUUAGAUUUGGUGAACAUUUAUAAUACAUUAAAAUUAAAAUAUAUGAAUUUUGCAAGUUUUUUUAAUAUUAUCACCUUUUAAGUUUUCAGUGCCUUUGGCUACCACUAUCAACUUGAAAGCAUCCCAUUUGAAAUAUAAUCAAAUAUAUAUUUUGUAGGACAAUUUACAUAAUGUUAUUUGACCUACCUAUUAAAUCACAGAUUAAGCAUCAUGGUUUCAAUUGAAAUUAUUUAUAGUAAUCCUCCUAAUAUGCUGCAAAUUCAACAGAGGUAUGUGAUGGUUUAGGAAAAUAUAAUGAAGAAGGUCAUAAUCACUGAUGAGGCUAGGUAGAGAGCUGUUCUGCAUUAAAAUUUAAAAUAUUUUUGUCCAUAUAUAGGCCUGAAUGUGAUAUCAAAAAAGAUAUUAAUAUCUUUCUUCAAGGUAAACAUACCUAUUAAUUUUGAUUAUUGCACCUAACUUAGUCAAUGAUUUAAAACAUGAUUGUUUUUAAUAUAUAUAUUUAUAGAUGGAAAAAAAAAUUUCCAUUUGUGCUUUUGUUCCCAGCCUAAGCAUUAGUAAGUUCCUUAAUAGAAAAUUGUCUGAGAAUACCUCUAAAGUCUUUUCAUAACUUAAUUUUACUACUGAACUAGAUUUUAGUACAUAUCUAAAUAUUACUUUGUACAUUAUUCACACUAAAAUGAGAAAUUAGUUCAAGCAAAAAAUUUAUAAAUUUCUUACUAUAACUUCAGUAUCUGUUAGGAAAAACACAAGUUGGCAACUUUACCCUUUUGGUUUUCAAUAAAAAUUAAAAUGUAUUAUAAUCACAGACCCAGGGGCUAGGGGGAGAGUAUGAUAUUUUAGAAAAUACUAUCCAUAUGUAAUCUUAAAAAUCUCACAUCUUAAUUACACUAAUAUAGUUCACUACUACAGUGGGGAGUUUGCAGGAUUGUUGUGAUUUGAUUUUUAUCAGCACAAUAAUUAAGUAUUAUUAUGUUAUCAAAUUUUACUAUUUUCAAAGUUAUAGCAAAUUAUACUAAAUACCUGACUUUUAUUCUGGUGUGGUAAAUUUUCAAUUAUAAAUUCAGACCUUUUCACUUAUUAGUAAUAAAAUAAUUAAACAUAACCAGGCUAAGAAAAGAGAAUUUAUAGUGUAUGUUUUAUAGCAAACUAUUAAAUUAUGGGUAAAAUUUACAGCUGACAUAGAUGCUACCUAUAAAAAAGAAUCAUAAUUAUUCUCUGGAUUAAUUUUAAUGUCCUUUAUUCUGUCACUUUCUAUAAAUUUUUUAGCCUCAUGUAUAGUAAUGUUAAGCUAAUUUGAUGAAGUGGUUCAGAUUGUAGCAGUAUAUAAACUGUUGGUACAUUCAUUUCUUCUAGGUGAGCAAUACUGCUGCUAUUGUCUAGAAACAGCAAUCAUUUAAAAAUGCCAAACAGCUAACUGCUAACAACUCUUUCUUGUAUAUCAUCUCUCUUUAGAGAAGGAAAUUUUUGUAUGCCAAGUGUUGAUAUUCGAAAGUACAUGAAAAGGUAUUUUAUCCUCAUAACUUGCUUGUGAGUGUAAAACAACAUAAUUCCUAUAAAUCUUUUGUGUGUAUAAAAUACAGUCUGUUGUACUUGAAUAAUUUGGUCUACAGAAUUUCAAAUACCUUCAUUUAAAAGGAAGUCACAUUUUUGUUUUAGACAGUUCAUGUGUUUGAUUUUGUCAUAUCAAUAUAAAUGAGAAAAAGAAAUGGACUGUGCAGCUAACUAGUACUUAAAAUCACAACAGUACUUUGUGCAGUUUUAAGACGUUAGUAAAUUUAACAUUAUUCCAUUUCAUUUAAAGAUCAAAAAAGAUCAGACUUUAACUCUGGCCAAAGUAGAAAUUUAUGUUCUACAUGUCGAAAUUGUUUCCUAGCAGCUUUUGGACUGUAUCUCACAUGAUGUUAUAGUAUCUUUUAUUUGUAAUAAAUGUUCAGAUUUCUCUUUAGAAGCUCUAAUGUACAUCUAGAUAAAAACAGUUUUAUGCUUUUAAAAAUGUAUGUAUUUCAAACUGUAUAUUUUAAUUUGAGUGCAUGUUACAUAGUGUUACUUCAUAUGUCUUGGCAAAUUCAAUAUAUUUAUUCUCACAUGUGACAUGGGAUAUCGAUGAAAAAUUAUGAAUAUGUAUUAUUUCCUUAAAUCAUCCUAACCUAUGUUGUAUCAAAAGUAUUGUAUAUUUUAUGGAGAUUUAGUGCUAUACAUGUAUAUGUUUUUUAAGUUAUUUUAUUGAAGUUCAAUCUUUACAUAAAAUUUAAAUCUUUUUUAAAAAAAAAUGUCAGUGCCACAACUGUAAUGAAAAUAAUCCAAUAAACUUUAAAAUAAUUCAUUACUCAUAA